AUGUCUUUGGAUGAAAGUCGCAGUUCGACCCCAUUGCUUUUAAACAGCGAGUCAUCAUCUCCGGCGGCGUCAUCAUCGCAACCUGAUAGCCAAGGUGCUGGAUCAAAUGGGUAUCAAAGUGGUGUGGGAGAAAAUGUUACAAUAGAAAGUUCGCAUGCUUCACCAUUACCGAGCAGCAUUUAUAUGCAUCGGAUACAGUCUUCGUCACCAUUAGAUGAUCAUCAGUUUAUUAGAAGACCUUUGAAUGCAUAUAUGAUAUUUACGAAGCAGGAACGAAAGAAACUGCUCGCUCUAAACCCAAAUAUGAAGAUGCAUGAAGCGAGUAGAGUGAUGGGUGAAAAAUGGAAGAGUAUGAGUGAUAAAGAUAAACGACAAUAUUUUGAGGCAUCAAAGCAGAAUCGGCUAGAUCACAAGAAAGUAAGCAGUUGUAUUUACUGUGUCACCAUAACAAAAAAAUUGCUUCUUCAUAGGUGUAAGCGUGUUUUUAAAACUAAGCAUGAAUACAUUGUAGUGGGAGGAAAAUGUAAGUAA